AUGGAGAAGCCAAGAACUAAGAAAGACAAGUUCUUGUUUUUUGGCUCCCGCUCCAACAAUAAGACCAGUGGUGCCCAGUCUUCUCCCUCUUCCUCUUCCUCCUCCCCCGUACUUCCAUCACCUGCAGUUAAAAAACCUGAUAACCAGUCCUCACCGGGUCUGAACCUGAAUAAAGCUGAAUUCUUGGAGAGGGUUCGUCGCAGUAACCAGGCUUGCCAGCAGGGGGAGUAUGAGCUGGCUGUUCGUUUGUACAGCGAGGCCCUUUCGGCGGAUCCCCAAAACUGCAUCUUGUACAGUAACCGCUCCGCUGCCCGCCUGCGCCUUGGCCAGUACAACACAGCUCUGGACGACGCGAUCAAGGCACGACUCAUCAACCCCAAAUGGCCAAAGGCCUACUUUCGCCAGGGGGUUGCCCUUCAGUACUUGGGUCGUCAUGCCGAUGCCCUGGCAGCUUUUGCCUCUGGUUUGGCCCAGGACCCCAAGAGUCUCCAGCUGCUGGUCGGCAUGGUGGAAGCUGCCAUGAAGUCUUCACUCAGAGACACGCUGGAGCCCACCUACCAGCAGCUGCAGAAGAUGAAGUUGGAUAAGAGUCCGUUUGUGGUGGUCUCUGUCAUUGGUCAGGAGCUGCUCACUCAUGGUUUUCAUGGGGCUUCUAUCGUGGUUCUUGAGGCAGCUCUGAAGAUUGGCACCUGCUCACUGAAACUGCGUGGAUCAGUCUUCUCCGCACUGAGCUCUGCCUACUGGUCUUUAGACGACAAAGACAAAAGUAUGACAUACAUGCUGCAAGAUCUCGAGGUUUCCAAAACUUUAGGUGACCAGUCAAGUGAAUGCCGAGCUCAUGGGAAUCUUGGUUCUGCGUUAUUCUCUAAAGGCAGCUAUAGAGAAGCACUGGCGAACCACAGGCAUCAACUGGUGCUGGCCAUGAAGCUCAAGGACAGUGAUGCUGCUUCUGAUGCUCUGAGUCGUCUCGGUCAUGUGUACACAGCGAUCGGCGACUAUCCCAACGCUCUGGCCAGCCAUAAGCAGUGUGUGCUGCUGGCGCGACAGAUGCAGUGUCGAACCUCCGAGGCUCGGCAGAUCGGAAACAUGGGAGCAGUGUACACCGCCCUGGGAGACUUCACCAACGCUGUCCAGUGCCACGAACAACACCUGCGCAUCGCAAAGAUAUUAGAAAACAAAUGUGAAGAAGCACGUGCAUACAGCAACCUGGGCAGCGCCUACCACUCUCAACGGGACUUUGACAAGGCCAUUUCAUUCCAUACGUGUGUUUUAGAGCUGGCACAUGAACUGAAGGACAAAUCUGUGGAAAUGAGGGCCUACGCUGGUCUGGGACACGCUGCCCGCUGCAUGCAAGAUUUCGAGAGGGCGCUUCAGCAUCACCAGCGACAACUUGACAUCGCAGAAGAGUUGGCAGACAGAUCGUCGCAGGGCAGAGCAUCUUCCAAUCUAGGAAUUAUACACCAGAUGAAAGGGGAGUUUGAAGCAGCGAUGAAGUUUCACAAAGCUCACCUGUCGAUGGCUCAGGAGCAAGGGGACUACGCAGCACAGGGACGGGCCUAUGGAAACAUGGGUAAUGCAUUUCACGCACUGGGGUUGUACGACCAGGCUGUGCGCUACCAUCGGCAGGAGCUGCAGAUAUCACUGGAGGUUAAUGACCGUCAAUCUCAGGCCUCCACUCACGGUAACUUAGCUGUAGCCUACCAAGCGCUGGGGGCACAUGACAGAGCUCUACAGCACUACCUUCACCAUUUAACUAUAGCUCAGGAGCUCAGGGACACUCAGAGUGAGGCGAGAGCGCUGGUAAACCUAGGGAACUUUCACAGCUGUAGAGGGGAAUAUGUUCAGGCCCUGCCAUAUUAUCAACAGUACCUCGUUCUUGCUCCUAGUUUGCAGGAUCUUGAAGUCGAAGGAAAAGUGUGCCACAACCUUGGUUAUGCGCAUUACUGUCUUGGUCAAUACAAAGAUUCUGUCAGGUAUUAUGAGCAGGACCUCGGCUUGGCAAAGGACCUCCAUGACAAACUGUCCCAGGCAAAAGCCUAUUGUAACCUUGGACUAGCGCACAAAGCACUGGGAGAGUACACUAAAGCAGAGGAGUGUCAGCGAUAUUUGCUCUCUUUAGCACAAGCGUUGGAAAACUCACAGGCUAUAUUUAGAGCCUUGGGCAACCUUGGCGAUGUGUGUGUAAGUCGAGGGGAUCUUUCUGGAGCAGUGAAGUUUUACCAGAAGCAGUUAAGCCUUGCACAUAAGGUCAAGGAUCUGAAAAUGGAAGCUGAUGCUUACUCCUCCCUGGGCUCAGUACACAGGCUUCUCCGCCAGCUGGAUGCUGCCUUAUCUUUUCACAGUCAAGAACUGACUGUCCUUAAAGAUCUGAAUGACAAGCAGGGAGAGUGCCGUGCUCUUGGACACUUGGCGGCGGUUCAUAUGGCUCUGGGAGACUAUACCACAACAUUUCAAUGUUAUAAAAGUCAGCUGUACUUAACCCAAGAGCUAAAAGAUGCACGGUUAGAAGCCCAGGUUCACGGCAACAUGGGCAUCACCAAAAUGAACAUGGGAGUGUUUGAGGAGGCUAUAGGUUAUUUUGAGCAGCAGCUUGCUAUGCUGCAGCAACUCAGUGGGACACAAGGUAUGCUGGACAGAGGCCGAGCCUUUGGGAACCUGGCAGACUGCUACACUGCUUUAGGAGACUACGAGGAAGCAAUUCAAAACUUCGAGAAGUACCUUACUGUGGCUCAAAGCCUUAACCAUGUUAAAGAUCAGGAGAAGGCCUAUACAGGACUUGGAAAUGCUCACAGGUCUAUGGGCAGUUUGCAGCAGGCACUGGUGUGUUUUGAGAAGCGGCUGGUGGUGGCACAUGAGCUUGGUGGAGAGGGAGAAAGUAAGGCUCAAGCAUACGGUGAGCUGGGCACCUUACACAGCCAGCUGGGAAACUAUGAACAAGCACUUUCUUGUCUGGAACAUCAGCUCGCAUUAGCACGAACCGCUGGGGAUAAAUCACUUGAAGCAGAGGCCAGUGACACUCUUGGUAAUGUGUAUCGAAUGAUGGCAGAUCAUGAAACAGCACUACAGUGGCACCAAAGGGCUCUGGAUAUUACUGAACAGAAUGGAUGUAUCAGGAGUCAAGGUCGAGCUUAUGGAAACCUGGGGCUCACUUAUGAAGCGUUGGGAAACUUUGAGAGGGCCGUGGUUUUCCAGGAGCAGCACCUAAGUGUUGCUGCACAAACAAACGACCUUACAGCAAAAACAAUUGCCUAUGGGAGUCUGGGAAGGCUACACCACGCACUGCAAAACUACUCCCAGGCUGUCAUGUAUCUGCAAGAAGGUCUUCGUCUAUCUGAGCAGCUCGGACGCAGAGAAGAAGAAGCCAAGAUACGCCACCGUCUGGGUCUGUCAUUAUGGGCCAGUGGAAACCUUGAGGAGGCUCAACACCAGUUGUACAGAGCAUCUGUCCUAUUUGAGACAAUACGGCACGAGACACCUCACAGUAUGGACUACAAACUGUCUUUGUUUGAUCUGCAAACCAGCUCCUACCAGGCUCUCCAAAGAGUUCUCGUCAGCAUGGGUUGUCAUGAUGAGGCUCUGGCAAUCGCAGAGCGCGGCCGCACUCGGGCUUUUGCCGAUUUAUUAGUAGAACGCCAGAAAGAAACUCAGCAGAUGCCUGGAGCCGACCCAUACACACCUGUUACACUUGAGCACCUCCUGGAUACAGUCAAUAGUCAGAAAGCCAUGGUGCUCUACUUUUCUCUAGCAGGGGGUUUUCUGUACAGCUGGCUUAUCCCUCCAGGAACAGGCAUUGUAAAGUUUCAUGAGGUCUACCUUGGAGAGACUGAGGACAAUCAUGGAAAUGAAAGUCCUAAGGAGUUUAGUGCUUUUACAUUAGAUCAAUACAUCAGCAAUGCCAGAGAGGCUUUAGGAGUGGAUGGAAUCUAUAGCAGAGUGUGCUCCAACAGUGAGACUGAGAGUGAAGCAGGGGACUUGAUGGAGCAACAGUUUGACGAGGUUAACAAUAAACUUGCGUCUGCAGAUCCCACUGGCUACCUCCGCAUGGUGUUCAGAAACCACCCUUUUAACAGAAGCUGGCAGAGCAUGGCUAGUUUAAAUAGUGCCACCAUGUUUCCAGGGAAAGAAGGGUUGUUCUCCUCUCCCCUCCGCCCUUCAAAUAUAGGCAAACCACCACUUCGGGCUCUUUAUGAUUUGCUUAUUGCUCCAAUGGAAGUGGGUUUGAUGCAUAAUAGUGGACCUGUGGGGAGACACAGACAGUUGGUUUUGGUGCUUGAGGGAGACUUGUACUUGAUCCCAUUUGCUUUACUCCAAGGCAGUUCUUCUAACGAGUACCUUUAUGAAAGGUUUGAUCUAAUAGCUGUGCCAUCAUUAUCCAGCUUAGAAGAUUCUGUUAAGGUUCUUUCUCGUCGUGGUGGAACUCUACUUUGUUCUGAUGGAGGGUCGGUUGCUGCAGUGGACUUUCUCCUCACUGCUGCUGACAUACUGGGUCUCUGUCUGAAUGUAAAAUUAGUAGUUUUAAGGUUAUACCCAGAGUCUAGCGGUAAGGUCACAGCUGAUGGUGUGGUGGGACUAACCCGAGCCUUCCUGGCCGCUGGAGUGCAGUGUGUGUGUGUGUCUUUAUGGCCUGUGCCAAUAGCUGCCUCCAAACUAUUUAUGCACACGUUUUAUACCUCACUUAUGAAUGGGACCAAAGUCAGCUCAGCUCUGACAGAAGCUAUGAAGGUUUUGCAGAGCAGCAAACACUUCUCACAUCCAUCCAACUGGGCAGGGUAUGUUCUUAUUGGUAAUGAUGUCAAGAUUAACAGUACCAUGUCUUUGGUUGGGCAAGCACUGACGGAAAUCCUCCAAUAUCCAGAAAAAGCCAGAGAUGCCCUUAGAGUAAUUUUGCACUUGGUUGAGAAAUCUUUGCAGCGUAUUCAUAGCGGACAGUGCAAUCCCAUGUACACAUCACAACAAAGUGUUGAAAAUAAGGUUCGAGGAGUGCCGGGGUGGCAGGCGUUGUUAUCUGCUGUGGGUUUCAGGUUGGAUUUCUCUGGAGAAGGUAGCUCUCUUCCAGCCGCUGUGUUCUUUCCAACUUCAGACCCAGGAGACCGACUUCAACAGUGUAGUAACACUCUCCAGUCCCUUCUUGGUCUCACACCUACUGCUCUCCAGGCGCUCUGCAAACUGGUAACAGCGAGAGAAGCUGGUGAACAGCUUGUUCAGAAGUUACACCAAGUCCUGGUACAGCUGCAGUUAUCUGACAAAGACCAAGACUUCUCUCUGGGUCCUAUUCAAGUGUCAAUAAGUGUACAGCUUUGGAGGCUCCCUGGUUGCCAUGAGUUUCUUGCAGCUUUAGGGUUUGAUCUUUGUGAAGUGGGUCAGGAGGAGGUUGUCUUAAAGACGGGAAAGCAGGCUAGUCGGCGCUGUAUGUAUUUCGCCCUGCAAUCGCUUUUGGCUCUAUUCGACUCGCCAGAGCUUCCUAAGCGGCUGAGCAUGGACAGUUCGUCUUCUUUAGAGUCCUUGUCAUCAUCACAGUCUACAGUUCAGCCACAUUCACUUCCAGCCUCCUUUGGCUGCUACCCAGCACAGUCCUCCUUUUUAGCUCCUAUGUGUCCUGACAACCUCUCCUGUGAUGCAAUCUCUGUGUACAGUCUCAGUUCACUCGCCUCCUCUCUCAGUUUUUUGUCCCGUCCAGAACCUGCUGGAAGUGACAUCAUCAGCCAGCGCUCAAAUCCUGUAGACCACAGCAAAAGUGCUGGCCUCUACUCAUUGCCUCGACACGCUGCUUUGUCCAGAGGGCGACAGACCAACCAUAAUGGAGCCACGUUAGGGGAAGGAGAGGAGGACGAGUACCAGGGAUACUCCAUAAUAAGCAGUGAGCCUUUAGGGCGCGGUGGGAGAGACUCCAGAGACUGUGACACUCUGCCAAAACCUUCUGGACAAAAACAAGGCUCAACUGGUAGAGGAGCAGCUUCUGGAAGUGUUAGCACACCUACCUCUCCUGUUAAAGCAGCAGCACUGCCUAUAAAAGUUACAACAACUUCAAAUCUAAAACAGAACAAUUUUUCUUCACCGAAGAAUGGGAAGGGGAAAGCAAGCAGCUCCGAGUCUGAUCAUCCUUCUGCACCAGAGGGGGCGCUGUGGAGUUGGAUGACGCCAGUGCGCGGCGCAGACGGGGUGACGAAGAUGGUGCUCAUCAAGGAAUACCGUGUGCUAUUACCAGUCUCUGUGGAAGAGUAUCAAGUGGGACAGCUAUACUCUGUGGCUGAGGCUAGUAAAAAUGAAACUGGGGGAGGAGAAGGCAUUGAGGUGCUGAAGAAUGAGCCCUAUGAGGAGGAUGGAGAAAAGGGACAAUAUACCCACAAAAUUUAUCAUUUAAAAAGUAAAGUACCGGCUUAUGUAAAGAUGAUUGCCCCAGAAGGUGCAUUAGUUUUUCAUGAAAAAGCCUGGAAUGCCUACCCUUACUGUCGUACCGUUGUUACGAAUGAGUACAUGAAAGAUGACUUUGAGAUCAAGAUUGAAACAUGGCACAAGCCAGACAUGGGAACUUUAGAAAAUGUUCACAAUUUAGAUGAGCAGACGUGGGGGACCGUAGAGGUGGUCCCAAUUGAUAUUGCAAAUGACGAAGUAGCUUCUGCGGAUUAUAAAUCGGAAGAAGAUCCUGCUAUUUUCCACUCUUCCAAGACAAGCCGAGGACCUCUUGGUCCAGAAUGGAAGAAUGAAAUGAAGGCAGACUGUCCUCACAUGUGUGCUUACAAACUGGUCACAGUCAAAUUUAGAUGGUGGGGACUGCAAACGAAAGUGGAAAACUUCAUUCAUAGGCAAGAAAAGCGUAUUUUCACCAACUUCCAUCGUCAACUAUUCUGCUGGAUUGAUAAAUGGGUGGGUUUGACAAUGGAGGACAUCAGGCGAAUGGAAGAGGAGACCCAGAAGGAGCUUGAAGAGAUGCGUCAAAAAGGAGAAAAGCAGGCUGACUCCGUAAAACCGGUCCGAUUCGAGGCACCAGUGCUGCUCAUGAGCAAUGAGGCAAAACAACCAAACCCUGGCAUGAUGUCUUCAGAGCCCACCGUGACGCAGGGGGCUCCACAACUCUCUUCUUCCUUCAGUUCACUGGGGGUUUGA